CCACACAGGAUUUUCAGGAUCCCGCCAUCUCGCCACUCUAUGCAAAACUUGAUGCUGACCUACCUCCUGCUUUGUUCCAGUGCGGUACAGUUGACUGCUUGCUAGAUGACACAACUUUUAUGGCAGCUCGGUACACAGCUGCUGGUAAUCGUGCCGUCACCAAGAUUUACCCGGGAGCUCCACACGUAUGCGUACUUCGUUCGUUGACCAAAGCUAACAGACCAGGGAGUGACGACCAUCUUCAACAAACAAGGCCAGGAGUCUGUAGAUGCGAUGAUAGUGUUUAUCAAGGAAUUGCUUUAGAAAGGCGCCAAAUUCCGUAUGUACUACUAUGUAGUGCCCAUUAGGAGUAGGAGACCAUAACAAUCAGGGGCAUACAAGGAGCACAAAAGAGGGUGACGUGUCUUCUUUGUCUCUCUCGUUGACGGUCUCAA